CACUUCGCCGCGAAAAUUGCACAAUAUUUUCAGUGGUCGCACUGUGUGCACGCGCUAUUGCGUAUUUAUAAAAUUUACUAAGUUUAACUUCCUAAAGUCCCAAAAGUUAUCACGACUUACUGCUCAUAAGUUUUAUUAACAAAUUAUUUUAUUUUUCCUCUUUUAACUCGUGUUAAAAGUGAAUUCUUCUGCGUCUGGAGGCACUGCGGUAUAUAUUUUUUAUCAGGGCCUUCAACAGGGAAAAUUAAUCCCCAGGGAGCCUAAGUGAUAAGAUUUCAGUAGGAGCUCGAGAAGAGUUUGAAAAAGUAAGUAAUUGCGUUCACCCUCCCCCCCAAGCUAAUUUUUUUUCGCAGGUCAAGAAGCAAGAAGCAAUGCAGAUGUUGGGAAGAAACAGUAACAAUUCCGAGAGGAGCUUGGAAAAAACAUUAAAAUGUCAAAACAAACAUAUCCGCCUUCAGCGGUUUAAACUUAUUUUUACAGAAUCUCGUUACUUAAACAUCAGUUAACAAAUAUCUAUAGAACGUGCAGAAAUUCAUUUUUGUUUAACAAACUAUCAACAUCAAACCGUUCUAAACGGUUAUAAAUAAUCAUACCAAAAUAUAAACAUCUUACUUUUCAACACAUUAAUUUUUGAAACUGUUUUGAUGACUAGAUGACAAAGAUACUCAAAAUUUCGAUAUUACGAGAUUCUUCUCACUAAUUUAUUUAAUUGUCACAUUUCACAUUAUUCGUCAUUGCAUGUUCAACUCAUUAGGUAUCCAUCGUUCAUUAAGCAUGCAUUUACAUAGAGGAAGAGGCAAAAUGGAAUGGAACAAUAUUAAUAUAAGCACUUAUCAAAUGAUGGUGACAACCAAUUAUUGUUCGAGAGUUAAAGUUUUAUCUCUUGUAAAUAGAUAAUAACUUGAACAUAUGCCCUCAAAAGAAGAUAACGGGCCACCAAAGUUACAAGGACAAGUAUGAUGUAUUAGCCAACAGCAUAACUUGUAAUUAAAAACACAUUACUGCAUGCUAUCAUUUAAAAAUCAUUAAAAUAGUUUCUUUAUUGAUUUUAUGUUAUAAUUCUAGAUAAACUAGAUAAGUUACAAAAUAAUUAAUGAGAAGUUUAAUUAUACUUACUAAUUUAAUUCAUAAGUUACCUACAUAAGACCACUAAUAUAAUUAACAUUAAAUUAUUUUAAAAAUAAGUAGAAAGGCUUUCAAUUGAUCUAUCAACAUGGAACAAAUAACGAGUUUGAUAAAAUGUUACGCAACAAUGUCAUUUCUACUUUUUUCAACUCGUGGAAUUGGUAUUCUUAUUAGGAAUUCAGUUCAUUGUGGGCAGGUGUCAUUAUGACAAAAUGAUAAGAGCGAACAGCUAAUAUUGACCUAAACAAAAAAGAAUGUCGGUCGAUAUGAUGAUUAUAACAUAUUUAUCAAUUUAUUCUUCCUUCUUUACUUAUUUAUGCAACUCAUCACAUUUCGAAUUGUCUGCAUUACUUAAAUUCUGAUAUAUAAUUUGUAUAGAAAAAUAUAUAACAUUUAAAAAUAUAAAAUAUAUAAUUAUAUAUAUGAAAUUCAUACGUCAUAAUGAUCUUGCAUAGUUUUCGUUCUUCCAUCCUCAUAGUUUCAUAUGAUCCAUUACACAGAAUCUCAAGUCAUUUCCAUUUCAGCCAUUUAAUACUUAAGAAAAUUAUGUAACAGGAAAAAUUUCCGGCACAUAAUUUUCUUUUCUCCUCCCCACCUAUCCUGCAUGUGUAUGUAUCGCACCUGUAGCCCGGUCCAGUUGGAAUCGCCUCCAAGCUGGAUGGGGGCGACAUUCAUCAAAAACCUUCCUCCAACCCAUCCUCUGCUUCAUAUAAUCUGCACAUUAUGUUACGUCGUAUCAUUUCUUUUUGUAGUUCUAUACAAAAUGGUUGCUCAAACGAACCAAUGUCCGAGUCGAGACGGCGGAAUCGAUAUCGGAUAUCAAUACAAUCCAAACACCAAAAGACAUGGUUUUUUCGCAAACGAGUCACGAAACUCGAGGUCUUUUGAAAGUGGUAGAAAUAGAUCGUUUAAAGCCAGAAAAGAGUCAGCAGGUGAACAACACAACCGGCGGAGAGAUAACCGACGACAAUCCAGGAAUGAUGCCAUCGUCGCCUCUGCACACCAGCUUUUCAGAGGAAUAUUUGAAACCGGAGCCGUUAUUCGAGAACACAAUGUUUCCGGAACCGGACUACGAGUUCUUCCAAGAUCUGGAUUGGUCCUCCGCUCAAGGCAGGGACGCACCUGCACGGACUACUGAUAUGCCGAUUAACAAAACUGAAGAAAGGGCCAAUACAUUCGACACCACGAACACACAGUUCUCACCUACAGGUUGGGAAGCCACUUCCCCUCUUGCUUACACAAGUUUCUAUGGUACAACUACACCUCAUGACUCGCUCUCGCCGACGGCGGUGGACGGGUUUUCAAAGUUUGAUGAAUUUUUGUAUGCUCAAGAAUUCACAAAACCAAAUCCUACAGAACAGAUAUUUAACAUUACUGACUUGCCAGUUGUCAUAGAUGAGGGAACUGAGGGUUGCGGGGUAGAAAAUAUAUGGCCAGUGACAAAUAACCUUGCCUGGCCUUACACCAACACUCCACAGUACACUAAACAUACAAACACUACACAUAAUAUGCCCUUUAUUCCAUUAGAAGAUUCGUUAAAUCAAGAUGAUUUAAAAUUUAUGCCAGUUAUGCCGCGAGAGGUGGAAAAUAGCAAACUGGUAUUAUCAGAUUACCCAUCCGACCAUCGCUUUAAAGGGGAGGAUAUACAAGAAAUAGGAGUAAGGACUCACCCUAUGGGUCUUUCUGUGGACGUAGCCGCAGCGCGGAGGUCGCAGGGGCCUAACAUCAGCACACCCGACGUCGUCAACUGCGUGGUUCAAAUGGAGAGGCAGGAGACUCCUCCGCAUUUGGACGAGAAACACAGCAGCGGAUGGCCACCAGAAUUCGGGUUUGAAACACACGACGACUACGUAAAGCCAACGGUCCUGUCGCCGGUGGAGACGAGGCCUCCCACUCCAGUCGAAGAAUCUCAAACUGAAUCCGACACGGAUUACCUACCUCCGCGUCGGACCACGAAGAGAAGACAUCCGAGCGACGAUUCGGAUGAGACUUAUACGCCAACCCGUAAAGAAAAAGAGAGAAAGAGAAAGAAGCCCGACAUUAAAAUAAAGGCCAUCAUGGAUGCUCUAGAGAAAACCAAAGCGCGAAGAGGGCGUCCGCCCAAUCGUCGCAUGAGCAUCGUUUCAUCCACGGGCAGCGUUGACGAUAACGCCUCAAAUUUAUCGAAUCAGGAGAUGAAAUAUAGAGAAUUAAGAGAUAAAAAUAACGAAGCAUCCAAAAGAUCUAGAAUGAAUAGAAAACUCAAAGAACUACAGAUGGAACAAUUAGCUGAUGAAUUAGAAGAACAAAAUAAAAAAUUAAAAGUUAGAGCUAAUAUUUUAGAAGAAAUGACUGUCAAACUGAAAAAUGCGUUAAUGGCAGCUAUGACGCAAAAAUGAACUAGUUAAAUAAAUAACGUAGAGUUCCUGAAGUGAGCGCCUUUGCGUCUCCUAUUCUCUUGCAUUGAUCUAUUUAUAGAUAAAGCACUGUGCCAUUGUAAUACAUUUAUUUAUAUUACUAGCAGUGUUUAAGUUAGUAGACUGUGCUGUUUAAUUUUGAACAUUGGAUGCUUUUGUUGUUUUAAAUACACGGAUUUGACAUUUUUCACGGAUUUGACAAAUUUUAAUAAUAAAACUAUUAAGUAUAUCAUCACUAUAUAAAAUGUUAUUAUAAGAUUUGAUUUGGUCUAGAUUAUUAAGAUGUUUUGGAAUUGGCACAAAUAUGUUUGUGUGACAAUUGAUUUUUAAACUUGUUUCCCUUGAUGGUUUUUUUUAUAAAUCGUGUCGCGAUUUAUGAUUGUAAGAAUUGAAUUUGUAGCAAUUAAAAUUAAUUGUAGAACGUAUUGCAAUUGCGUUAAUUUAUAAUUUGUUGAUUGAUUAAUAAUUGACGUUUUUGCAUUGUUAUAGUAAGGUAUAUUAAAAAAAAACAAACAAAAAGUAUCUAUAUUGUAAGAUAAAAAUGUACCUAAGGCAACUUAAUUUAAAUUGCAUGUUAAUGAAGUAACUAUUGUUUUCUCUGUAACAACUAAAUAUAAAGCAUCUUAUA